GAGGAAAGAGCACGGGAAAAACAUGUGAGCUGCUCUGAGGACUUUUAGUGAGACACAACUUUUUAUUUUCCUGAUGUUGUUGUUGUGUCCCGUGCACGCAAACAACCCGCUGAGCUCUGCUCUGCUCCAGAGGAAUUACAUCUGAGAGGACCGUCAAGCUCUCCCUGUUCACCAGGAUACAUUUUUUAUUGUUUUCCUUUGCUAUUAUUUAUGUUUUUUGCUGGAUACCACAUAACCUAAUCAGAAGAAACUGGGGGCUGGUUUGAUUUUUUAAACACCCCCUGUCACGGUGGUUUAAUUAAAUCACGGACAGCUGCGUUUAUUAACCACACAUUACUUUUUUUUUUUAAUUCUACAGAUUUUGGAGAAAUAUCAAUGUCAUCAAACUGCACUGAAGACUAAGACUUUAUUUUUAGGGUGGGAAAAAAAGGAGUGCAUACUUUAAAAGAAGGAAUAUUUCCUAUUUAAGUUUUUAUGCCAUUUUUAAAACUAUGAAGCAUUUGCAGUUCGUGCUGGUCCUGGUCAUCGCGGUGAACGUGUGGGAAUGCGGAGACGCAAAGUUCGGCGAGAGAGGGGAGCUCAGCCCCAGGAGGAGAAGAUGUUACGACGGAAGCUUGCCCAAGCGGGUGAAGAAAAGAGAGCGGAAAGUGUUGCUGGACGGCAGCGGCAGCAGCAGCAGCAGCGGCGGCGACAGCAGCGAAGUUUGCCACAGGUUGUAUCCCCGGGUGUCCUGCUGUCCCACCAAAAGAGCCGCCUAUCAGAUGGUUCACCGCAGGGAUGCCAGGAUUUUCUCCACUAACAACACAGAAUGUGGACUUCUCCUGGAGGAGAUCAAGUGCGCCCGCUGCUCCCCCAACGCCCAGGUGUUGUUCCACUCGUUGGACAUGGACAGGAUGCCACACAGAGAGCCAGACCUGCCGCGGCUCUGCCAGGACUUCUGCCGCGAGUUCUAUUACACCUGCAGGGGGCACAUACCAGAACUGUUCCAAGCCGACGUUGAUGAAUUCUGCCAAUACUACGGAAGGAGAGGAUCCGGUUUGUGUUUUCCAGAUUUUCAACGACGGCAACUUCUUGGGCAAGAUUCCAACUACUUGGAAGAUGAGAAAAUAGAAGAUAUCAGUAGGAAGCACAAACACAACUGCUACUGUGCUCAGGAGGUGUUGAGUGGUCUGAGGCAGCCGGUGGCUGUGGUCCACUGCGGUGAUGGCUCUCAGCGACUCUUUGUCCUGGAGAGAGAAGGAAUCGUCAGGAUUCUCAAUCAUAACCUUGAGCUAAUCAAAGAACCCUUCUUGGACCUCCACAAGCUGGUGCAGAACGGUCUGAAGAGUGGCGAUGAAAGGGGCCUACUAAGCUUGGCAUUCCACCCCAAUUACAAGAAGAAUGGCAAGCUCUACGUCUCCUACACCACCAACCAGGAGCGCUGGGCCAUCGGACCACACGACCACAUCCUACGUGUGGUCGAAUACACGGUUUCACGGAAAAACCCAAAUCAAGUUGACACCAGGACUGUGCGUGUGCUGAUGGAAGUGGCGGAGCUGCACAGGAAACACUUAGGAGGCCAGCUCUUAUUCACCCCCGAUGGUUUGUUGCACAUCUUUCUGGGAGAUGGCAUGAUCACUCUGGAUGACAUGGAGGAAAUGGAUGGACUCAGUGAUUUCACAGGAUCCAUCUUAAGGGUGGAUGUGGACACCGACGUGUGCACGUCAACUUAUUCUAUACCACGGGACAAUCCGUACUUUAACAGCACUAAUCAGCCGCCUGAAAUUUUUGCACAUGGAUUACAUGACCCAGGCAGAUGUGCAGUGGAUCGGCUUCAGACAGACAAUGGGAGUCUUGUUAUCCUCUGUACAGACGCCAGUGGCAGAAACACGUCGGCAGGAAGAAUAUUGGAAAUUGCUAAAGGAAAGGAUUAUGAAAAUGAGCCCUCUGUCUAUGACCUGCAGUCCAGUGGAGGAAGUCCACCUGUGGGGGGGUUCAUCUACAGGGGAUGCCAGUCGAGAAGACUUUAUGGCAGUUAUGUGUUUGGAAAUAAAAAUGGCAACCUACGGAUCCUUCAGAAGUCUGCAUUUGCGACAUCCUCAAACGGGGAACAGUGGCAGGAAAAGGCUUUGUGUUUGGGCUCUGCUGGCUCCUGCGCUUCUCCCCUUGUUGGGCACAUCUUGGGUUUUGGAGAAGAUGAACUAGGUGAAGUCUACAUCCUGGCGAGCAGUAAAAGCAUGGCACAGUCACACAGUGGGAAACUCUACAAGCUGGUAGACCCAAAAAGGCCUCACACCCCCAAGGAGUGCCAGCGUCAGGUGCAGCCACCAGAGCUGCUGAUGACAGCUUGCUCCAGAUACUGCAAGAAUGGACUUUGUACUCCCACAGGGAAAUGUUGCUGUAGCCCAGGCUGGGAGGGACCCUUCUGCCGAAUAGCCAAAUGUGAGCCAGCCUGCCGCAACGGAGGAGUGUGCAUAGAGCCGAACAAGUGCCUGUGCAAGAGCGGCUACUCUGGCUCUCAGUGUGAGAAGAGUGAGCAGGGCAUGCCCAACGACCAGGAGAAAGAAGGCAUACUGGACCACAUCAUCGACAUGACCUCGUAUCUCUUGGACCUGACCAGCUACAUCGUAUAGGGGUGCGCAGAGUGGGGCCGCUCCCCACCCUCACCCUCACAUUGACACAAAUCUACCUAUCACCACCAGCAGACUCUUACAAGGUGUUAUCAAUGUGGCCAAUUAAUCUCCCCUCACAUGAACACACAAAUCUAAAGAGGAUCCCUGUCGGACUGCUUCGGAUCCACACACAUCACACAACACACAACACGCAACACACAACACAUCACACAAAACUCUCCCUCCUUUCACCUAUAAGCUAUUUGCUCUCGAGCACCAGGACUGUCGCCCAAGCUGUGUUCACGUUUCGUCGAGGCCUGCAGACAGCCGUGACUUGACUGACCUCCAUGACCGUGCUGGUAGACGUUUUCACAGAGACAUUUCCUCACACAGCUGGCUUCAACAGGAACUCCACAGAAAAGGACUGUUUUAACUCAAGACUUUCGCUCUUUUAUGGAGCUACCUUUUGCCUUUCGUAAGACCCCUUAAAAAAUGGAGUGUAAGGCAAUUUGAUGAAGAUUGUUCACAAGUCCUUUAGGGAUUCAAACAUUAAAUGCCUGUCAUGGCUCAAGAACUUGUUCAUGCUCUUGGUGUAAUAAAACAAAUGUCUACACACAGGCAACGAAGGAACACGGGUCAUGGGUCACAUUGAGCCUGCAGUACUUUUUGUAGUGUUUAAAGGCCCUGAGGAACAUGUUGUCUCAUCCAUGAUGUUGUAUUUAGUUUGUGGGCACAUUGUCAUAAAGACUAAAUCAGUA